GCAGUACCUCCCCCGGUGUUGCCUUGUAACAUGAACGAGCCGCACUUUGUUGUUCCCUUUUUUUUCUUCAUCAUGGACAAAUCUCGGUGAAGAUCUCGCGAACGGCGUUCCAUUGCGUUCCGUUUGUUUGAUGCGCUGGUGAUGAUGGGACGCGGUCUUUCACUCACUGAAUCAUACCCGACUGGAUGAAAUACCGAUUUAUAUAUUAAAAAGGGCAUUUUGCUGACUUCUGCAUUUCUUGCCAAAUGCUUGCAGGCCCUGGUGGAGCAGUGUGAUGGGCCCCAUUCCCCUGUGUCUGCUGCUCUGUGCCCUGUGUGUUCCUGUCUGGGGGGGCCACGGUGACGAUGAUGAUGAUAAAGAGUAUGGCUGGUCCGUGCAGAGUAUCCCGUUGAUUCUGGACAGGCACACAGUGCAUCUGCGGACUCCCAAAUUUGGGGGGAAGGGUGAUGGGGCAUGUGGGGAUGCUCCCAUAUUUGGGGGGAAGGAUGAGGGGAAAGAUGGGGAGGGGGUGUGUGGGAUAGAGUGUCAGAGCGCUCUCCCACCUCCCGACCAGGCCACGGUGGAGAGCAUGCUGGGAUACGAGACGGUGUACGAAAACGGCACGCGCACAUACACCGAUGUCACACUGCAGGGCCUGAAUGAGACGACUUCACGCACACCCUCACACACUCGCAGGAAACGUCAGGUGUACGGCUUAGACGGGCGCUUUGUCAUCUCAGACAGCCACUUUACCACCAACUACCCGUUCUCCACGGCGGUCCGCCUGUCCACGGGCUGCUCCGGGGUCCUGGUGUCUGACAAACACAUCUUGACGGCAGCCCACUGUGUCCACGACGGGAAGGACUACCUGCAGAGGGUCCGCAGGCUGAAAGUCGGGGUCCUACAGGUCAAAUCUAAACGAGGUAGGGGGGGGAGGAGGAGGGGGGGGAGGAGGAGAGGUGGGAGGAGAGGAGGAGAUGUGGAAAGGGUGGGAAAGGUGGAAGGAGAGGAAGAGGUUGGAGAAGAGGAGGAGGAUGGGAAUGGGAUAGAUGAAGAAGGACCGAGACAGGAGCAGAGACGGAGAGGAGGGAGGCGGAGAGGAAUGAAGGGAAAGGGGGAGAUACAGAACGCGGUUGAUGGGGAGACCGGAGCAGAGGGAGGUGAAGAAGCGAACACAGAGAAGGAGAGGAGAGAGGGAGGGGGUAGGCAGAGAAGGAGAGGUAGCAGAAGUAGCCGUGUACAACGCAGCACAGAAACUAAAAAGCAGCCCUCCUUCCGCUGGACACGCGUGAAACAAAUCCACAUCCCCAAGGGUUGGAUACACACAGGGGACGAUGACACUAACGCCGUCACCCCUGACUAUGACUACGCCCUCCUAGAGUUGAAACGGCCAAUCAAACAGAAGCACAUGGAGCUGGGGGUGGCGCCCGCUGCAAAGCCUCUCCCCUUGGGUCGCAUCCACUUCUCAGGGUUUGACAAUGAGCCAGAGGGAGGACAAACGGAGGGAGAGAAAGAAAAGGUGGUCUAUCGCUUCUGUUCAGUGACGGAGGAGUCAGACGACCUGUUGUAUCAGCACUGUGACGCCCAGCAGGGGGCGUCAGGUGCUGGAGUAUACAUCCGGCUCAGACAGGAAGUGGAGGGGUCCAAUAAGAGGAAGUGGCAGCGGAAGGUGAUUGGAGUGUUCUCAGGGCACCGCUGGGUGGAAGGGGACCAGGGUGAAAAGAGGGAUUAUAAUGUGGCGGUGAGGAUCACUCCACUUAAAUACGCUCAGAUCUGCCACUGGAUCCAUGGGGAUCCCAGCAUGUGUACGAAGGCCUGAGAAGUCAGGGAUCUGCUGGAUCUGUCAGACUGAUCAGAGGAAGAAACAAAUGUUCAUCUAGAACUUUUCACUGAGACCUCAAAGUGCUGAAAUGGUGGUCAACAAACUACCAAAUGGCCAGCACAGACAGAUCAGAUGGAAUAGGAUUUUGGAAUAUGGGAUGAUUUUCAUGCUCCGGUCGGUCAAACAGGUUCCUAUCCAGAAUGCCAAAAAAUGACUUUGAGGUCUCAAAAUUCUAUGGUGCUCUCCAAACACUAACAGGUUUUUCAGUCUUAUAUGCCUUGAUGUGUUGCUUCCAAGAAAUGCCCAUUGUGCACGUAAUACUAAGAUUAAUUCCAUUGGUGCUCAUUUUUACCAUCUCUGCAUGAUUCAUAGUUUUUCUAUCUGACUUAAAUGUAAACGUGUAUUUUCUUGAGUAUUUCCUAAAUAUAAAUUUAGUUUGUUAAAAAUAAUUUGUAUUUCUUUAUAUUAAAGCCUACCAUUGAACACCAAAAAAUGUGUGAUGGACUGAACAUGGAGCAUGAAUGACAACAGUGAAGACAUCAGUGUAUUUGAAUUUUAUUGGAUCUCAAUGGGACUCACAUGCAAGUGGGGGAGAGGAGAGGAGUGAUGCCAUCCAAGAACCAAACAACACUGCCUUCAACCAAAUAUA